AGAUGGCAUCAAUUUACGAACUUGACAUUCGAAAUCAGGAAAUCAGUGGAAUUACAAUUCUCAGUGACCGAGCUGAAGUGAAACGACGGGUACCAGUUAAUUUGAAAGCGGGAGUUAGUGAGAUUUGUUUAAAAGUGAGUUUCUUUUUUUGAAAAUCAUUUUAUUGAAAUUCCAACACUUUAAAUCUCAACUUUUGAAUAAUUUACAUACAAAGACUAAUAUAAAACUCAUUUUGUGUAGAUUAUCUUUCUGAAAAAGUUGUAUAUAAAAAAUUAUAGUAAAAAUGAGCCAAAUAAAAUAAAUAUUAAAAAGAACAUUUAAACAUUAUUUUGAAAUUGUUUUUGAAACCUUUUGAAAUGCUGGUAAUUUGCAAAAAUUUUGACUUUUUGGUGUAUCAAAAUGGUUACGCGGAGAACUAAUAAUAGUUUUGCAAUAAAAAUCUAAAAGUUCAUAAAAUAGAUUGAGUUAUAUUAUGGGAUUUCUAUAAUUAUUUUUUUUUUAAUUAUUAUUUUCAAAUCUUUAAAAUCGCUAUCAAAAUAUUUUCACGGCGUACCGUACCUAAAAAUUCUUCGCGUUUAAGACCAUUAGCCAUUGUCGGGGAGUUUUCAAAUGUUGCCAAGAAAGUUAGAGCUCAGCAGCAUCUUUGCAACUUCAUUGAAACUUACAACUGUUAGUAACUUAUUUUGUAAGUUAACAUUGAAUUCCUACAAUAUAUAAACUAAUGAAAUGUUUAUUUAAAACUCCAAAUUUUCAGAACUUCUCUGUAUUUUUCCAAAGUGAUUCUAUUAGAGUUGAAGGUCGUGGGAAAGCAACAGUUUGUGAUGUGAACGCUAAAAAACUCCCUUCUUUAAACUCAGAAACUGACUCCCCGAAGAUUGCCGAGUUGCGAAGUGAGCUUGACAAAUACAAUGCAAUACGUAAUAAUCAAGAGGAUCAGAGAGAUAUAUUGAAAAAGAAAAUAGGUGGAUUAGAACGGACAGUAGGAAGAAUUGGAAAAGGAAUAAUGAAUCCUAAAAGAGAAUCCGGAAGUGUUGUUAUUGAUGAGAACCUGCUGACAGGACUUCAGAAAUUGUUAGAUUUUCAAGAAACUGAAAUGAAUAAAUUGAAUGAACAGUUGCGGGAGAAAGAGCAUGAGAUCCUCAAAACAAUUGAAAUGGCGAGUAAGAUUGGAAAUGAGUUAAAUCGCUUAGUGAAUAGCGGAAUUUCCAAUAUGUCUCACACGGUCUUCAUUACACUUGAAGCUUUCGAAGAUGGCGACGUUGAAUUGGAUAUAACUUAUCAGGUUUUUCAAGCUGGGUGGCAGCCGUCUUAUGAUAUUCGCGUGGAUACUGAGAAACCAACAAUGGCUAUUACAUAUUUCGGAAAGAUCUAUAACCAUUGUGGAGAAGACUGGAACGAAUUUCCAGCUGUUUUGUCGACUGCUCAACCUAGUCUCGGAGGACAGAUUCCUGAACUAGGUGUUCUCGAUGCUCACUUCUACAGACCUGCACUAAAGAUGAGGCGACAACGUGGCCUGAGAAUAAUGAAUAGAAGAGGUGGGCCUCGUAUGUUGUCCAAUUAUUCCAACGAGAUUGAUGAUGGUGUAGAAGAAGUACUUCAAACAAUGGCUCCACCUCCAAUGGAAGUCACAAAGAACACUUUGAGUACAGAGUUUAGAAUCGCACGGAAAGCGACUAUUUUAAACGGUGUAGACGAUCAUAAAGUGACUAUCGGCACUAUUGAACUGAUACCAUCACUUUUACAUCAAAGUGUUCCAUCCAAAAAUGCAUCAGCGUUGUUGACAGCUUCAGCAGUCAAUACUUCUGUACUGCCACUUUUGAGUGGUGAAACUUCAAUCUUUUUGAACAAUGCUUUUGUUGCAAAGAGUCACAUGAAAGAUGUGUCACCAGGUGAACGAUUCACCUGUUCUCUAGGCGUGGACACGGCCAUUCGUAUCGAAUAUAAGCCAGCCAAAAAGUUCCAUGAAGAAGGCGGUUACAUCACAAAACAUUCAACUCAUGCCACCGAGCAGACGAUUAGUGUAAAGAAUACAAGAAGUGGACCGCCUGUACUGUUAACAAUCAAGCAUCAUGUACCACGUAGCACAGAUGAGAAGAUACGUGUGAAACUGACAUCUCCAGUUGGCAUUACCUCUGAUCAAACUGAUCAAAUUAAUUCAGAAAACGCUGAACCAAAUGUUGGAAUUAUUCUGAACAAAGAUAACAACUUGGAGUGGACUAUCAAAUUAGACGCUAUCAGUUCGAAGGAUCUAUUGAUUAAAUGGAUUGUUGAACAUGCGAAAGGAGAGAACAUCGAACUUCGCGAAAAUUUGCAAUGAUAAUAAUCCUGUGAAAUUUCUGAGCUGUAAUAUAUCACUUUUUCACUAUAAAUGACGUCACCUUUA